UAAUUCAUGUAAGUAUAGUUUAGAUUUUCAUGUAUAAACGUUAUAGUAGAAACGUUUACUAGUCAAACUUGCUCCAAAAGCUUUAUUGUUCAAAAGGUGGCCGAUGCCUGAUGGCGGCUGUUUUUGCUUUUUACUUCGGUUUCUAAUUCAUUGAAUGGGCAAAAGCAAUUGGAAACAAUAACUUGGUUUUAAGGAUGCGUAAAAAUUGUAUUAAAUAUUUAAUCCUACCAAUUACAGGAUUUUGUUUACCUAAUCCUGGUCAAUCAUGGCACCGCCUCUAAUUCCCUUCUUAUAUAGCUGCGCUUUGUAGGAUUUGAUUCAAGAAGCAGCUCCUUUAUAAUCUCCCAACGGAAUCAUGACGAAUAAAAUUGUUAACGACAUCGCAAGGUUACUUCCAGAAGAUAUGUUGUCGGAAAUUCUCAAGCAUGCGGCGUCGAAUUCUGCCGCUGAUUUCGUCAAUGCCAGGUUAAGUUGCAAGGCCGUUCGUGCUGCUUCGAAUUACGAUCAAAUCUUCGACAACGUUUCAAUGGAGAAACUUAACUUCGUUCCAUGGCGUAAAAGCGAGAAAGUUUUGCAAAAAAGAUGCGAAGCUGCCCAAAACGCCGAAGCUUUAUAUAGGAAAGGAAUGAUGGAUUGUUUUAGUCUAAGAGAAUUUGAAUUUGGUCUCCAUUGUUUGAAGAAAGCGGCCGAAAAAGGUCAUGUAGAAGCUAUAUAUACUUACGGUAUUAUCUUGAUUUGUUUCGGGGGUGAGCUAAGGGAACAAGGGCUUCGAAUUAUAUCGUCUCUUGAUCUCACGAAUUCUAGCAAAAGAAGAACAAGAAUCGUGACCAGUUGCCGUUUAAAAACCGAAAACUUUUUGAGCAAUAUGUGGGUGUACGCUGCAUUGACCGAACCCACACGAAUCAGCCGUAGUUGUGAUAGUGACAUUAGGGAAAGACCGAAUAGUUCAAGUACUUCUUCGGAAGGCCAAGCUUGGGAAGCAAGCAAAAACGUCGGCUACUGUUGCGAUCCAUGUUUUUGGGACGGUGAAGCAACUCUGUUUUGCAGUUUGCUUAGGAAAUAUUUAAUUAAUUAGAGUGCACGUAAUCUAUGCUAUUUCUUCUGUUAAUUGUAGGUACCAAUCAAUAUUCCAAUUUGUGGCUCAGGUGAUUUCAAUUUAUUUUGGGCCGACAUUGAUUAAACAAGUUGCAACUUUGAUAAUGAUGAAUUUGGUUUAUUCAAUUAAA